CACUAAAAAUCUGCAGUCCCAGGAUGAGCUGCAAGGUGCGGCUUAUGGAGGACGGUUCGCUGGAUGAGGAGCCACUGACCCUCAAGGAGAUCGCCUACCAGAAGCUCUGCAACAACCUAGACAUCAUAAGCAACCACAGGCCAGAUGGCCAGCGCAUCCUCAACUCGGGCAUCGUCCUGCCCAACGAGAUAUGUGACGGUUUCCUGGAGAACUACCAGCGUUUCAAUCGUCCGCUCGACGACAGUGUCAUCCGCCUCUUCGAGGACACACAGCGCACCUCCCUGAAGAUCGUCAAUCUGCGAAACAGUACACUCAGCAGCGUGGGUCUUGAGACCCUGAUGAGGCACAAGCUCUUCUCUCUGUCCAUGUGGUACUGCGACAUGAUCACCGUGGGAUCACACCACUUAUUAGCCCACUACGGCGACAGUCUGCGCUCCUUGGAGCUGGGCAUCAGCUCUCACCUGCUCCAGUAUGCGGAACCCAAUGAGAAGGAACCGGUGGACUUUCAGCUCACCUGUCCCCACCUGCGGCGGUUAGUGCUGAACGGCGUGGUGAUGCACCACCGGCUUCAGUUCGCCCAUCUGCACGAUCUGGGUCAUCUGGAUCUAACCUCCUGCGUGCUUGCUAAUUUUAGUUUAGAGGCAUUGGUGUCCCUGCCCAAUCUGCACACCCUCAUCCUGUUCAAUGUCUGGCCCAUAGCCAAUCAGCUGCAUGCCAUCUGCUGUCUGAGACGCCUCUGCACCCUGGACAUCUCCAUAUCUAGUUCGGGCAAUGGCCAGGGCACCUACGACCUGCCAGAUCAAACCUUGGAGAUGCUAAUGGACAACCUGCGCCACCUGACACACCUGGAUAUAUCCGGUACGAAUUUAGCUGGCAACGGGGUGGCCACCAAGGAGUCUACGAGUGCUAGCAGCACACAACUUAGCACCAAGAUGGAGCAGCAAUUUGCACUCACCGACAUACCGGGACUAGCAUCCCGCACCCAAAGGCCGCUCCAGUUCCUUGGACUGUAUCACACGGCCCACUGGGCCUGCAAGAGGCAUGACAUCCCGGCUCUCGAGGUGGCCGGAGAUGCCAACGAACAGCAGAUACUUACAGCAGCACGAUAUUAUCACGACAGACCAGUGCUAUUGACAAGGGUACUGAACGAUCUGUACCAUCUUUUCCGAUUUGAAAACUGCAAGGAUAUACACACGGCUCUGGAUGUGGUGCUCUCUGCGAUGGAUCGGCAUCUCAAGUUCAAGCACAUGCAGAUCUCCGGCAGUGCCACUCUAUUCUACAUAGUCAAGGGUAGGGAACGCUCUAAAUUUGGAACUCUGCUUCGCAACCACAUCAUUCGAACGCUCCUCAAUGGCAUGGAAAUGCAUCUCUCGGACGACACCAUGCUCCGGAAUGGUUAUCUCACCCUGACUCAGUUCCAUAUGCCCAUCGAUGUGCUCUUUGAAUACGAGCGUCUCAUUAAGAUCCUGCUGCAUGGCGUCUCUAAAACGGAACAGGAGGGAUUCGUCCAACGUAUUGCCAUCUAUCUGCUAAACACACUAGCGUGCCAGGUGGACGGACGACAGAAACUCUUCCUGGGAGAGCUGGGCGUAGUGAGUACAAUGCUGACACUUAUCAAGGAUCGCUUGACCCGAUCCGUGUUUGAUGAUGUUAUGGAAGUGGCGUGGUCCACCAUGUGGAACGUAACCGAUGAGACUGCUAUUAAUUGUAAGAGAUUCCUCGAUGGACGCGGCAUGGAGUAUUUCCUCAAGUGUUUACAUACCUUCCCCGAUCGAGAGGAGCUGCUGCGGAAUAUGAUGGGCCUGCUCGGCAACGUGGCCGAAGUGAAGUGGCUGCGACCCAAGCUGAUGACCCAAGAGUUUAUAGAGGUAUUCGCCCGACUGCUGGACUCAUUGAGCGACGGCAUCGAGGUGGGUGCUACUGCUAGCUUGUGUUCGAUGGUGCGCAAUAGGGAGAUACAUCCUAACUAUGCUAACCUGCGCUUCCAGGUCAGCUACAAUGCGGCUGGGGUCUUGGCGCACAUCGCCUCCGAUGGAGCCGACGCCUGGACCAUUAAAACGCCCUCACGGGAGCAUGUGCUGGAUCGAAUGGUGGCCGCCAUCCAGCGCUGGAACCUCAAGAGUGAGCGGAACAUCAAUUACCGCAGCUUUGAGCCGAUCCUUAGCUUGGUGCGCUGCUAUGAGACUCCCGAAUGCCAGCACUGGGCGGUCUGGGCCCUCGCUAAUCUAACCCAAGUGUAUCCGGAGAAAUAUUGCCAGCUGGUGGAACAGGAGAACGGCAUCCAGAUCCUGAACGAGCUGAUCGAACACGAGAGUCCGUACUCGGAGAUCAAGCGCAUCGCCCGCCUAGUGAUUGAACAGUGCGACUCUGGAUCAGAGCGGAUGAUCGAGGGCUAAGGCAACGACAGGAAUAUGGGAUGCACGAUAGCCUAAUUUGUUGUAAUGUUUUUCUUCUUAGCUUCCAUUGUUUCCCCAUUGUUUCAAAGGCAAAGUGCAAGUGUUAUGUUGUUCAGGAGAUUCUUCAAUCUCAAACUACUCUUUCCUUCCUCGUUUCCCCUCAAGAGGCACCGAAUGAAUGAUGAAACUUAAGCUACGCGAGAGAUUUAAGAAAAUGCAAAAACCUUAAGAGAAGCGAACAGGAUAUAUUCAAUAAUAUACAUUAUUUCUAGACUAUAUAUAUAUUAAUGUAUAUGUAUGUAUGAUGCAUCACAUGUGGCAAGAAAGCGAUCUAUUAGGCAGUCGAAAGUGUAAAUAUUGUUAAAAACCGGUAGAGGAGGAUAAACCAAAAGACAGGAGAAACGAGUAAGGCUAGCAAUAGAGCUCUCCAGAUUAAAGAAAACUUAAGAAUUCAAUUCCCGGGUCGAGUGUUCUUUCUUUAGCUACAUAUAUAGAAGAAUAUGUAUAUCUGAUCUGUUCCUAGAUUUGUGUUCAUUUUUUUUAUUAAAACCCGAAACUCCUGUUUUGUUUUUUUUCUCCGAUUUGACUCUAGCCUCAUCCGUAUCCGUAUCCGCAUCCGCAUCCGCAUCAUCCGUAAUCGAUCCAAGUUCGUGGAGAUUCAAUCUAUAUAAUCUAGCUAUAUAAACUAGAACCCUAGACUAGAACGUAAGAAAAUGUAAAUAAUUGCGUGUAUCAGUUAUUAGAGUUCUCCGCUUGGCAUUAAUUAUAUUUAUAACAUUGUAUGUUAUCAUUAGUUUCCUUAUAUUGUGUAUACAUAUAUACAAUUUUGAUUCGUAAGCGACAUCACACCUGUGUCUUACAAUUUCGUUAUCAAAAUUAUCCUUAUUCAGGAAUACUCUUCCCCCAUACAUGCUCUGGCACUCUGGUACUUGAGUAAACAUUUUUAAAACUAUUUACUGGAUAGAAAUUUUAUUUUCAAUUUUAUUUUAAAGGAAAAUUUAGAAUUUAAUAUUAUGUUAAAUAUAUAAAAUACAUAUCGAUUUCAAAAAGAUUGAAGAAAAAAGUUGAAAAACUUAAUAGUUUUGUUUUUGAAAUUUUACGAUUUUGUUUUAGAAAAGAGAGUUUUAUAGAUUUUUAAAAUAUAAAUAAACAAACAAAAAACUAAAUUUAUGUUUUUUUUUCAGUUAAAAUUUAUUAAAGUCAUAAUUUCUAUAACUUUUGGAUUGAAAUCCUUGUAGCAGAGUGUAGAGUGUGGUUGGGAGAGCUAUUCCCUCGUCUUUUUUUCCAUUUGUAUGUGGUAUGUGUACAUUUCAAUAAAGCUGCAUCACUGUAA